GGAACAGCUACGAGCAGAAAUGAACGAAACCAUGAAUGAAUGGCUAGAAAGUACAACAGCGAAAUCAGAAGAACAAACAACCAUGAUUCCCGCAGUGGUUGCGACUAUUCCCCCUGGGUUCGCUGAACGAGAUAUUGUGCGCUAUGGCGGAAGAAUAUUUAUACCUUUAGCAUCUGUGGAGGUCCGAAAAGCAUCAGCAGUCGCCAAAUGCCAACAGAUAGGUGGGAAACUGGCAAAUAUAUACAGCCAAGUUCAUAUGGACAAGGUCAUAGCAUACAUACGUAACAACAAGAUGAAUGGGAAAGGACAUAAAGGAUUUUGGCUUGGCAUGACAUACGACCCCAUCAAUGGGAUUCUACUUUUCCGCAACGGAACUGUGACAUCACUCAGCGGUUUGAAAUUUUACACUGGAUAUCCACAAAAUGGACGGCAACAUUCAACCCGUACGAACGUGUAUGUCAUGACUACAGAAAGUUUGGCAAGCGUAUAUCAAUACAUUUUCAACCAGGUAGAACAGAGCAGAUACGUUUUGUGUGAAAUUUGAAACUUGUGGCAAAAUAUCAAAUGAAAAACUUGAGCAAAAAUGACUCUUACUUACUUUUGCAAAAAGACAAGCGAGAUUCUUGCUUAAUUCU